GCGGGGUAAACGGACACAGAAACUUGAGCCUUCCUGUUCACCUUCGGAACAUUGAUGCGAUUGUGCGCUGUGAAGCCAUCACGAACGUUGAGCAGUAGAUAAUGACCGUGUCUGCUUUUCCCGGGGGACUUUUUACGGAGUAAAUAGUGGCUGCUCGUGCAUGGAAGGAUCACUCGCUGAUGGACGGAAAUCGACCUGAAUUGAGCUCCACUCCUCGCACAGUGAAGUUCAUUGAACUGGGUCAGAUGGAAGAUGUCAACGGAGAAUACGAUCGAUCGUACACGACCGAAGACAGAACUCCACCGCUCGUCAGUGACGAGUUCAUACAAAUCGAGCAAACACGGGAGAUUAGCGACCUGCAGAGACUGGAGGAGGAAUACACGCACUCAUCGUCCAAUUCGUAUAUACGGUAUGGACCGCAUCUCGUGCAUCAGAUACCCCAGCAGUACGACCAUGUAUCCACUUCGGUUGUUCUUCGUUUCUGUAGGACGAGGGUCCUUCGCUCGUACUAUCGUCUGCUUUCGGCUGUGGGCUGGAGACCUGUUUUGAAUGAAACAAAUGCUAACGGCGGAUCAGGUGCGGCUUUUAUGCGCCGCCUGCUGAACGUACUCUAUUCGCUAACAGCAAUGAUCUUCAUCGUGGCGGGUCACGUUCUGGCCUACAUCACCGUCUACCGGAGGGACUCCAUGGACAACACAAGAUGUAUCGGUUUUCACUCGAAAUACACGGAGCGGCCUGGAGGCUGCUCGCUUUAUAUAUUUUCGGUUUAUAUCCUCCCCGGAGUGCUGCACACGACGGCUUACGCGGCGAUGCUCUUCCAGAUGAGAAGUCAAGACAGUGAAGAAUUCACUGCGCUCGUCGAGAGGGUGUUCCUCCAAACCACUUCGGUGUGGCAGAUCGCCCGCCGGAAGAUCCAGGAGCGGUUGAGGGCUGUUUACAUCGCGGGAGGCUUAUGGAUCCUGUUGGCCAUAACGGGGAACGUGAUUAAUUUGUAUUAUAGAUUGAAAAGUAGGCGAAUCAGUUGCACGAUGGAUGACUACCCGAUCAUCGCGAGUCUCGUGCUCGGACUGCUUAUGCACGACGUGGUUUCGAUGAGCGUGGCAGCCGCAUACACAAUACACUGUCAAUUGGCGUUGGUUUACGUGCAGAACCUACAGCAGCUGGUCAGAGAUGGGAAAAUCUCGUUAUUGGCCUUCUACAAAGGAGUGAGCGAAGCCACAUGCACGAUACGCCAAGUGAACGGACUCCAAUCCACGGCCGUCUUCCUGCAGACAAUCUGGCUACUCAUACGAACCGGGGCUUCAAUGGUGGGCUUUGUACAGUCGAUCGACUCGAACAACUUUUUCCGAUUGAUCGUCGCUUCGAUAUCUACGUUGGUAUGGGGCGCGCUGCUGAUCAUACCCCUCGGACAGGCGGCGAGACUCACCGAGGCAUGUAAAGGAGUGAAAAAUCUCGGUCGAGAACUUCGUGCUCGGCCGCUCGUGUAUCAGGAAACGUCGCCCCAAGAACUCGACUCGUUGGUGAUUUUCACGUCGAGUUUCGACCUCACAUCGGAGCUCUGCUCAAUCCGAAUCACCAAGGAAAGACUCACCGUUUGCUGUCUUUUUUUCGCCGUGGGCGUCUAUGGGAGCGCUCAUUUCGACCUGUUGCAUUUCUAG